AUGGCUGAGACAACUUCUAGCUCUCGCAAGUCAAAGUUGCAGAAGGCUAGUGCAGAGGCUGGCGAGGUCCCAGUCGGUAAAGGAGGGAGGCAGCGCAAAGUCUUGCGUGAAAGCAUCCAGGGCAUCACAAAGCCCGCAAUCCGACGCCUUGCUCGACGUGGUGGCGUCAAGCGCAUAAGUGGCCUUAUCUACGAGGAGACUCGCGGUGUCUUGAAAACAUUCUUGGAGAAUGUUCUCCGUGAUUCGAUCACUUACACAGAACAUGCCCGCCGCAAGACCGUGACCGCCAUGGACAUUGUGUAUGCGCUCAAACGCCAGGGCCGGACGAUCUAUGGCUUUGGCGGCUAG